AUGUCUGAAGCCUCCCUCCCAACCCAUGCGAAGGAGAAUCCCAAUGUUGCGGCUGAUGGUGCACCCUCCAAAAAUGCCCUGAAAAAGGCACAGAAGGAGGCCGAGAAGGCUGCGAAGAAGGCUGCAGCAAAGAAGGCUGAUGAGGAGAAGAGAGCGGCUCAGCAGUCCCAAGGGGCUGAAGAUACUGCAAAAGACAACUAUGGAACAACAUUACCCCCGGCAGUCGAAUACACGGAGUUGAAGAGCCUGAACGAUGACUAUGUUGACAAAGAAAUCACUGUCAGUGUGAGGAUACACAACAGCAGAGGUCAAAGUGCGAAGCUCGCUUUCCUGAUGUUGAGAGAACAAGGCAAAACUAUCCAGGCAGUCAUGGCUGCCACCGACGACUCUGUUUCAAAGCAAAUGAUCAAGUGGGCGAUGAGCAUCAAUGCCAAUUCCUAUGUCGAAGUCUCCGGGGUUGUCAAGAAGCCAGGUACUCCAAUCGCAUCUGCAACCAUCAGUGGCCUCGAACUGCAUGUCACCAAGAUAUACUUGAUCUCAUCCGCUUCUGAGGUACUCCCCAUGCAGGUGAAAGACGCCGAGCGUCCUCCACCAGCUACUGCAGAAGAGGGCACGGUCGAUGCCGAUGGAGCACCAAUUGUCACACUGAAGACCAGGCUUGACAACCGCGUCAUUGAUCUAGAGACAGAAUGCAAUCAAGCCAUCUUCACAAUCUCAGACGGUGUCGAAAAACUAUUCUCUGAGUACAUGUGGAAGAGCGGGUCAAGGAAAUUUAACACGCCUAAACUCCUUGGUGCUGCUACUGAGGGCGGCUCAGGCGUGUUCGAAGUCAGCAAUUACUUUGGAAAGAGUGCAUACUUGGCGCAGAGCCCUCAGCUGUAUAAGCAAAUGCUCAUUGCAGGCGACUGCAAGAGCGUAUUUGAGAUUGGACCUGUUUUCCGAGCUGAGAACAGCAACACCCAUCGCCAUAUGACAGAAUUCACUGGCCUUGAUUUCGAAAUGGUCUUCAAGCGCCACUACCAUGAAGUGCUCGAAUUUGCCGAGCAGCUGAUCGUCUUCAUCGUCAACGAACUCAACGCCAGAUAUAAGGACGAGAUUACCGUUAUUCAGAAGUUCUUCCCACGGGCUGGAGAUUUUCGUAUCAAGGACAACAAGGCCCUCCGUCUCAAAUAUUUUGAUGGAAUCAAGAUUCUCCGCGACGCUGGCGUUGAUACUACGGAGCAGGACAACUUCGUGACCGAUCUGACGACUGCACAGGAGAAGAAGCUGGGACAGCUGAUUCGUGAAAAGUAUGACACCGAUUUCUACGUUCUCGACGAAUUCCCCAUGGUUGUCCGGCCAUUCUACACCAAACCCCACCCUACCGAUCCCAAUCUCUCCAAUUCGUAUGAUUUCUUCAUGCGCGGAGAAGAGAUAAUGUCUGGCGCCCAGCGGAUUAACGAUGCAGCGGAAUUAGAGGCGUCGAUGAGGGCCAAAGGCGUCGAUCCGGCUUCUCCAGGCUUCGUUGACUAUGUCGAUGCGUUCAGGCAAGGCUGCAAGCCCCAUGCUGGAGGUGGUUUGGGAUUGAACAGAAUUGUUCAGUUCUUCUUAGGCUUGGAUAAUGUUAGGCAGGCGACUCCGUUCCCCCGCGACCCCCAAAGACUGCGGCCUUAG